GGGAGGGGGAGGCGGGAGGAGGCGGCCGGUAGCGAGACCGCGCCGUCGGGCGGGGCCGUCCCUCCAGCUGGCUCGGACCCUGGCGGGGCGGGCCGUAGACGGAGCGGCAGAGCUCAGACGCCGGCCCGUAGCCAAGAAGAAAGGUGGCGGCGGCGCGGACGGGACGGGGCGGCGGCUCCCUGCCGUGACCCUCUGCUCGCCUGCCCAGGCCCAGGUGCGAGUCAGAGGCGGCGGCGAAGGAAGGAACGAGCAUGGCUGAGACCUCGCCGCCGCCCACUGCCGGCGCAGAAAGUUGCAGCGAGGAGCCGGCGAGGGGCGGGAAACAGCGGCUGGAGGAGCCGCGCCGCGCUCCAGCCGGGGGCGCGGACCGAGAGGACGAGGCGGGGCCGCCGCUGGCCUCCCCCCCGGGGCAAUCCGAGCCCGGCUCGCCGGUGGCUGCCCCCUUCUUCCUGCUCUACCCGGGCGAUGGAGGAGGCGCCGGCUUCGUAGCGCGGCCGCCGCCGCAGCAACAGCGCGCCUGGAGGACCCCGCCGUCGCCGGGCUCCCCUCUGCCCUUCCUGCUGCUGAACUACCCGAGCGGCGGCGGCGGCAAACACAAUCCUAAUUAUCUCAUGGCUAACGAACGCAUGAACCUGAUGAACAUGGCCAAGCUGAGUAUCAAGGGCUUGAUUGAAUCUGCUCUGAACCUAGGGAGAACUCUGGACUCUGACUACGCACCUCUCCAGCAGUUCUUUGUGGUGAUGGAGCACUGCCUGAAACAUGGCUUGAAAGCUAAGAAAACUUUUCUUGGACAAAAUAAAUCCUUCUGGGGGCCUCUAGAACUGGUAGAAAAGCUUGUCCCAGAAGCUGCAGAGAUAACAGCAAGUGUUAAAGACCUUCCAGGACUUAAGACACCAGUAGGCAGAGGAAGAGCCUGGCUUCGUUUGGCAUUGAUGCAAAAGAAACUUUCAGAGUAUAUGAAAGCUCUGAUCAAUAAGAAGGAACUUCUCAGUGAAUUCUAUGAACCCAAUGCCCUCAUGAUGGAAGAAGAGGGAGCCAUAAUUGCUGGUCUGUUGGUGGGUCUGAAUGUCAUCGAUGCCAAUUUCUGUAUGAAAGGAGAAGAUUUGGACUCUCAGGUUGGAGUUAUAGAUUUUUCAAUGUAUCUCAAGGAUGGGAACAGCAGUAAAGGUAGUGAAGGAGAUGGCCAGAUUACUGCAAUUCUGGAUCAGAAGAACUAUGUAGAAGAACUCAACAGACAUCUGAAUGCUACUGUAAACAACCUUCAGGCAAAAGUGGAUGCAUUAGAAAAAUCUAACACUAAACUGACAGAGGAGCUUGCAGUUGCAAACAACAGGAUUAUUACCUUGCAAGAAGAUAUGGAACGAGUUAAAGAGGAAAGCUCCUACAUAUUGGAAUCUAAUCGGAAGGGCCCUAAGCCAGACAGAACUUCAGAAGGGCAAGCACUGAGUGAAGCAAGGAAGCACUUAAAGGAGGAGACACAACUACGACUGGAUGUUGAAAAAGAACUGGAGAUCCAGAUCAGCAUGAGACAGGAGAUGGAACUGGCUAUGAAGAUGCUGGAGAAGGAUGUCUGUGAGAAGCAGGAUGCCCUGGUGUCUCUGCGGCAGCAGCUGGAUGAUCUCAGGGCUCUUAAGCAUGAACUUGCCUUUAAGUUGCAGAGUUCAGACUUAGGAGUAAAACAGAAAAGUGAACUAAACAGUCGCUUGGAAGAGAAGACUAAUCAGAUGGCUGCUACCAUUAAACAACUUGAACAAAGAUUGCGCCAGGCUGAGCGAGGCCGCCAGUCUGCUGAAUUGGACAAUCGGCUCUUCAAGCAGGACUUCGGAGACAAGAUCAACAGUCUGCAGCUGGAAGUGGAGGAGCUCACCAGGCAGCGGAACCAGCUUGAGUUAGAACUAAAACAGGAAAGAGAAAGAAGGUUACAAAACAACAGGAGCAUCCCAGGAGAGGGUUCCCAGAAGCCAGAACCCAAAACGGAUGGGAAGCACAAAAUUCAAGAGGAAAAUGUUAAACUAAAAAAGCCCCUGGAAGAAAGCCACAGGCUGCAGUCCCACCCUGUGAAUGAACAGGAUCAGCCGCUGCCCUCUGAAAAGCCACAGAUGUGUCAGCUGUGCCAGGAAGACUGCAGCCUCACAAAGAAUGUGUGUAAGAACUGCAGAGGAACCUUCUGUAAUGCCUGCUCAACAAACGAACUGCCUCUUCCUUCAAGUAUCAAGCCUGAGCAAGUUUGCAAUCCCUGUCGUGAGCUUCUGAUGAAACAAUAUUCCAGCAGCCCAUUGUAAGACGGGAGGCUGAGAUCUGGACCAAAAUGUCUCUACCUGUGUUAGAUGUCAGGAUCUCCUACAGCCCAAACUUUAGAAUCAACUCAAGAAUUGACAGGAAUGAUUUAAAUAAACCAGGUCCAGGGAGAAAAGGCAGUGGUUGGCAGUGCUGGAAUUUUGCUCAUUUUCUCUAAUGACUGUAUGAAUAAAAGUUACUCAGUUGA